UCCCGACAGGUGGUUUUCUUGAUACCAAUCAGAUUUUAAAAUUGCGUAGUUUUUUCAAGCCGGUUUCGUGUUCGUCGGGUUAUGUGUCUUCGUGAUUAAUGUAAUUAUAAUGGAUAUAAAUCAAUCGCUAAAUUUGUAUAUCACGCAUGUGGAGCCAGAGGGUCCUUUUUUAAAGCUAUGGGGACAAAUAGACAAACAAACACCUAUUUUGGUGGAAGGGGUGCUAAAAAGCCUUACCCCACAACUUGAUAAUGGUUUAUAUGAUAUUAACUUGGAGAACGUGCAACACGGAAAAUUAGUUUGUGCGAAAUAUAAAGACAACAAAUAUUACAGAGCAAGAAUCAUAAAUGUAUCUCCAAAUGGUUAUGUUGAGGUUAAUUUCUUUGACUUUGGCAACAGAGAAAUUCUUCCUUUCCAAAACUUAAGACACUUGCAGGCCUUUCCUCCAAGUUUCAUAUCAAUUCCACCACUAGCCCAUUCUUUUAUAUUUGCAGAAGUUCACACUGUUGGUGAGUGGAAUGCUGUUGUUUUUGAACAGUUGGCCAAAGAGCUUAAAUACAGAGAAGUUCAAUGUACUUGUGUGGGGCAUGGUGCCGGGUAUCCUUUAAUUAAGCUUUAUUAUGGGGGAGCUGACCUGUCUAUCGUUCUAAAUGGGCUUAUUCAAUGUAUACCUGUGCAAGGACAACAAGCUGUUUUAUUAAGCAUGAGCAUUAAUAAAGGAAUUCCAAUCAUGCCUCCUCCAGCACCACAGUUGAAUGCCUCCCCUGUAGGGUCCACAGAGAUAAACACCUACAAGGCAGUGACAUUGGAACCUGGUCGAGAAUACUCUGUGUAUGUUUCUUUUGUCAACGAUGGACCAUGCCACUUUUCUGUUCAACUGGAUUCAAGUCUAGAUUGUUUGGGUAAACUUAUGACAGACAUGAACUCAAUUCCUCUUAAAAUGCUGGAAGAUGUACCGAUCCCUGGUACAAUUUGUCUUGCCAAGUGUGAAGAUGAUGGCAAUAUUUGCAGAGCUGUUGUCACCAAUGAAGUAGAUAAUCAAUUUAAGGUAUUCUACGUAGAUUUCGGCAACUACGAGGUGAUACCCUCCACCUCCCUCUUCCAGAUACCAUUCAAAUUUGUUUUACCUAAAGUAAUGGCCAUACGACUUGGCCUGGCAAAUUUAGAAAAAUCCACAGUCACAAUAGAGAUGCAAUGCGCUUUUAAAAAAUUCGUCGACGACCGCUUGCUGCACAUGAAAGUGCUGCCGGCAGCGACGCGCCUUGCCGUGCCAAAAUGCGAACUAUGGGACCCGCUAACCGGCACCACCGCCCUCGAGGUGGUGUACAGCGCCGCGCGAAACGCAUACCCAGAACCCAUGUCCUUGAACAGAGGCUUCAGCCAGCCCGUGAAAGUCAGCUUCGUCUACAGCUGCAACCGAUUCUACGUGCAGCUGUGCAGCAAGGAGGAAGAACUGCUGAACAUGAUGUUGGACUUGCAAAACAACUGCGCGUCCAGCGAUUGCAUGGAUCCUUCGACUUUAACCGUCGGUCUGCCGUGUUGCGCUUUAUACGAGGGCGACCAGAAGUGGUACCGAAGCCAAAUCGUCGAGAUUCUGCCAGAAAAUGCCGUUAAGGUGCGCUACAUAGAUUACGGCAACGAGGAAGUUGUGUCCAACUCGGUGCUGAGACUGGUGCAAGGCGAACAAUUGACAGUCCUACGUCCCCAAGCCAUUGAAUGCUGCCUAAACGGUUACCAGAACAUGGGCAUCGACGAAGAACGUGACAAUCUAUUGGAAGAACUGAUACUCGAGAAUCAAUUCACCAUGAAAGUGGUCGAUAUGCUGGGAAAUAAAGCGCUGAUAGAGCUGAUUGAUGGUGCGAAUUACAACGUGGCUUCGUUGCUACUCGACAAAAUUGCUUCUUCUAAAUCGCAAGUAAGCCCGAUGUUAGUGCAGGCCAACAACAGGAUCGAGCACCGAAAGAAUAUCACGCCUCCAAAUAACAGAGACUUCAGGCAAGAACGCAAACCCGGAAGAGAAAACAAACAAUGGAACGACCGACAAAGUGAUAAACCUUGGCGUCAGGAUGAGCAGAAUAAUCGACAAAACGACAAAUUUACGAACGAAGGGUCCCCCGAACAAGGAUCAUGGAGGCAAAAUAAUAAGGGAUUUAACAAUCGAGACAAUGAUGAUAAUCGCACGGACUACAAGUCAAACGAGAAUCGUCAAAAUGAUCGUUUCAACAAUCGCGGCGGCGACCGUCGCGAUAACAACAGAAAUCAAUCCGAAUGGUGCAACAACAAGACAGGGUCGUCGCAUGGCGCUGGCGAUUCCUGGGAAACGAACAACACCAACGCGAGCAACGAUAGCGGAUACAAAGAAACAUGCAAAUACAGGCAAUUAAUCCCGAAAAGCGAUAGCGGACACAGAGAAUUGUGCAGCAAACACAGACAAUUUAGAGAUGGCAGCGAGGUAAGCUCCAGCGGCUCAGAGAAAAGUUUCCAUAAAGGCCCGCGUACGAGUUCGCGCAAUGACAAGUUCCCGAGACAAUUCGACAAACCGAAGAAUCUCUCGUUUGGCAACGAUUCUUGGAACGUCAGUGCAGUCACCCUCGAUCCAGCGCCAGUCGAUGCCAAGUUUACGAAUAUUUCCGUUGUCGGUAUCACGACAAAAGUUUCCAUCAGCUGGUUCCAUAAUCCGACGCAUUUUUAUUGCCAGUUAAAAGAUAAUCAGGAUUCGUUUAAAAAAUUGAUGGAAGACAUCCAAAUCGCAUACAAAGAUCGUAAACCUGAAUCGGUUCAAUGUGGAGCUCCCAUCAUUGGUUUAUUCCCUGAAGACAACGUUCUCUACAGGUCUCAUGUUUUGGAGGUGCUAGACAGCGGUAUGUACAAAGUCUUGUACGUGGACUUUGGCAACGUGUCUGUCAUCAGCAAAGUAUGGCCCAUCGAGAAGAAAUUCAUGAACCUUCCCGCGCAGGCUGUCUGCUGCCAACUUGUCGAUAUAUCACCCGUAGAUGGCGUUUGGUCCGACCCCGACAACUACGAGAGGUACUUCGACAAGGAGGAGUUCGAUUGCGGCUUCAUCUCGGAAAACGACAAAAUAUUCCAGGUAGAACUAUCUCACAACCAAGUUGACAUAGGCCAGCAGCUUAUCCAAGACGGAUAUGCUGUAAGCCUUUCUCAAGCAGUAACUGCCGAUGCCGUCGAUUUGAGUAUUUUGCUCAACCAGCAGUUCAGAUGUGUCCUUAAAAGCGUCAAUAACUUAUCCGACGUCAUUAUAGCUCUGUAUUCAGGGUUUUUAAUCAGCUGCAAAGCUCAUAACUUGGAGUCUGCCACCGAGACCUUCGAGGACACCCUCAAGGCUAACAUAGAGCUUCCAAUGAUUAUUUAUGUGGAUAACGUCUUGGGAAAUACGCUUGAAGUAACUUUCUAUGAUAAUGAAGGUAACAAGAUUGUCAUUGUUAACCCUGAUGAAGGUGCUUUCGACACAGUGGAAUCUCUCUGCCCCUACAUGGUCACCUCUCCUACAAUCUACGGUUUUGUUUCCCACGUGGAAGUCGCGUCCGUUUUCAUUCAGUCUCAAGAGGUGGCCGAGACCGUAGCUUAUCUGCUCGAAAAGUUGUACGAAGCUUACAAUGCGUCGACGCAAGAAUCCCCGAUUAUUCCCGAAGAAGGUUUCGUCUACGCUGUCCUCAGCGAAGACGAAAACUGGUAUAGAGGAAAGGUUGUCAGCUUUGACGAUGAAAAAGCUCUCGUUAAUUUUAUUGACUAUGGCAACAACGAGAGUGUACCGUUUAAGUCUUUGAGAGAUUUGGAUGCCCAGUUCAACGAGAUUUCGAUUUGUGUUAUCGAGGUUGCUGUAUCAGCACCAACUGAAAAUCUAACAGAGAAGGAUGUGACCGCAACGAUUUUCUACGGCGAAAACGGCUGGGAAGGCGAAAUUGUAGCUCAAGAACAAGAACCUGAACUUAAGUCGAAUGAGUUGGUUUUUGAACCAGAAGAAAUUCCGGCAGCACCCGUACAAGAAGAAUACAUCCAAGAAGAACCCAUUCAGGAAGAACCACAGCCACCCAUUCAGGAAGAAUGUCUUGCAGACGCCGUAACGGUUGAACCCGAAUGCAUAAACGCUUCUUUGGGUAUUUCCGUGUAUGUUAGUCACGUGGACAGUCCCAGUGACUUUUACGUUCAGCUGUCCGAAGCUUUGGACGACAUCGAAGAGCUGCAGACGCAGCUGCAGGAGCUGGCGCCGGAAAUGCCCGUUCUGGAAGCACCGGUGGCCGGCGUAAUGUGCGCAGCUCCUUACUCCGUCGACCAACAGUGGUACAGGGCGCAGGUUUUGGACGCGGACGAGGACAUAACCACGGUGAGGUUCGUCGAUUACGGGAACACCGACGUGAUAGACAACAAGGCCACGCAGAUCAAGGCGCUGCCGCCGAAUUGGCUGAGUACGGCCGUGUACGCCACCAGGUGCGGCUUGAAGCUGAAACCCGUAGAAGAGGAGUGGAGCACCGAGGCCCACGACCGUUUCGUCGGACUUUGCGAGGGCGACGUCACCGCCGAGUUUCUGAAUCAGGACGAGAAGAUAAAUUACGUCGAGCUUUAUCUUGGAGACGGAAAGAUAACCGACGUGCUGACCGAAGAACGUUUGGCGCUCUCGUACGAGUUCGUCGAGGAAUCCAAAGUGACGUGCUUCGCGAGCCACAUAAACUCGCCGUCCGAGUUCUGGAUCCAGCUGGAGAACUGCGCCGACGAGCUGGAAAGGAUCGCCGAGCAGCUGUCGAACGCGCACGCGUUCCCCGAGCUCGAAGACCCGGCGCCCGGAACGCUCUGCGCUGCUUUAUUCGACGACGACGGCAUGUGGUACCGCGCGCGCGUCCUCUCCAACACCGUGGCCGGCGUCGAGGCGCUCUUCAUCGACUACGGCAACUCGAGUCUGGCCGAGAACCUGCGGCAGAUACCCGAGGAGCUGGUGGUGACCGCGCCGCUCGCGCAGAAGUGCAGCCUGCAGCGGCCCGAAGGCGUCGACGAGUGGUCGCAGGAGGCCACCGACAAGUUCAACGAGAUCGCGGCCGACGGCCAGACCAUCUUCACCAUACGCAAAAUCUCGACCGGCGAGACUUCUCUGGUGGAGAUGUUCGCCGACGGAGCGAACAUUCUGCACGCUUUGGUGCCCGUUACCGAAGAAGGUUACCUUAGAAAUUUCGAAAAUGCGAAUAGCUUUGCCAUUGAAAAGAAUGGACACAUUUUGCCGGAUAAAUUCAGAUUGGAAAGCGAUGGAGCAUCUUGGAGCGAUGAGUGCGAGGAGUACUUUAAGAGUAUCGCAGACAAAGGUGAGCCGCUACAAAUCCUGUUUCUCCCAGAAAAUACAGUAAGAUUGUAUUUAAAUGGAACAAAUAUUUUAAGAUUGAAGCCAAAAAGUGACAAGAAAAUAGAAUCAGUUCCGAAUGAAACGGUUGUUGAAGAUAUUGAUUCUGAAAAUAUUUCUUUGAAAAACUCAGAUGAACAGACAGCUGAAAACAUUUCUUUGAAAAACUCAGAUGAACAGACAGCUGAAAACAUUUCUUUGAAAAACUCAGAUGAACAGACAGCUGAAAACAUUUCCUUGGAGGAGGAAAUUAGAAAUCUUGAGAUUAAAAAGGUAGAAAUUGAGGCACAAAGCAUUGUUGCAGAAAUUAUUGAUAAAGUUACAGAUGUGACAGAUAAUAUUGCAGCUAAUGAAGACCCAAGUAAACAAGAAAAAGUAUGUGAUGAAAAAGAUAUUAAUGAAAGAUCUGAAGAUAAUGUUGCAGAAAUGUACAGUGUGGUCGAUGAAUUGGUUAAUUCUAUUGAAGAGUGUAGUUCUAAAAACAAUAUUACAGAAAUGUCACAUGUUAUUGAUGAAAUAGUUGAUGCUAUUGGCAAAGAUUCUACAUGUGAAGAAGAGAUGUCUAAUGUAGUAAAUGUUAUUGAUGAAAUAGUUGAUGCUAUUGGCAAAGAUUCUACAUGUGAAGAAGAGAUGUCUAAUGUAGUAAAUGUUAUUGAUGAAAUAGUUGAUGCAAUUGGUGAAGAUUCUACAUGUGAAGAAGACAACAUUAAAGAGAUGUAUAAUGUAGUAAAUGACAUAGUUGAUGCUAUUGGAAAACCUACAGGUGAUGUUGGUGAUAAAGAUGACAGUGUAAAAGACGGUAUUAAAAGUAAUAAUUCAAGUGAAAAUAUAAAUGAUUCCAAACCUGCAGCUACAGAAGUUUAGGAAAGAAGAUUGAAAUUCAUUUUUUUAUGUUGAAUACAAGUUUGUUUUAAUGAACACCUAGAACUAGAUGAUUUUUAUACAAUAACCAUUAAACUAAACGUUUUUAUUAGUGCUAUACUUUUUAAUAUUUGUUUUAAAGUUACUCGAUAGUUUUAAUUUGUUAUGAUUUGAACUUUUGGUUUUGUUUUUAACUCGUUUAAUAAAUUUGUAAUUGUUUGUAGUUAUCUGAUACUGUAGAA